GUGCCACGGGCUGUAAUGGUGGAUUUGGAACCAACUGUAGUAGAUGAAGUGCGGGCUGGCACCUUCCGGGAACUUUUUCAUCCAGAGCAGCUAAUCACUGGAAAGGAAGAUGCUGCUAAUAAUUAUGCCCGCGGUCACUAUACCAUUGGCAAAGAAAGCAUUGAUGCUGUGCUUGAUCGCGUCCGUAAGCUGACUGAUGCCUGUUCUGGGCUGCAAGGAUUCCUGAUCUUCCACAGCUUUGGUGGGGGUACCGGCUCUGGCUUUACCUCUUUACUAAUGGAACGACUCUCUGUGGAUUAUGGAAAGAAGUCCAAACUGGAGUUUGCCAUCUACCCAGCCCCUCAGGUCUCCACCGCUGUGGUGGAGCCCUACAAUUCUAUCCUGACCACACACACCACCCUGGAGCACUCAGACUGCGCCUUCAUGGUAGAUAAUGAGGCCAUCUAUGAUAUCUGCCGCCGAAACCUGGACAUCGAGCGUCCCACUUACACCAACCUCAACCGCCUCAUCAGCCAGAUUGUCUCCUCCAUCACCGCCUCUCUGCGCUUUGACGGUGCCCUCAACGUGGACCUGACGGAGUUCCAGACAAACCUGGUGCCCUACCCACGCAUCCACUUCCCCUUGGUGACCUACGCCCCCAUCAUCUCCUGCGACAGAGCACAUCACGAGCAGCUCUCGGUGGCUGAGAUCACCAACUCCUGCUUUGAGCCCAACAACCAGAUGGUGAAGUGUGACCCAAGACAUGGGAAGUACAUGGCUUGCUGCAUGCUCUACCGUGGGGACGUUGUCCCCAAAGAUGUCAAUGUAGCAAUUGCUGCCAUCAAGACUAAGAGAACUAUCCAGUUUGUCGACUGGUGUCCAACAGGCUUCAAGGUUGGGAUCAACUAUCAGCCUCCUACAGUAGUUCCUGGUGGAGACCUAGCCCAGGUUCAGCGAGCAGUCUGCAUGCUGAGCAACACCACGGCCAUUGCAGAGGCCUGGGCAAGGCUCGACCACAAGUUUGAUCUGAUGUAUGCCAAAAGAGCUUUUGUGCACUGGUACGUGGGUGAAGGCAUGGAGGAAGGAGAAUUCGCAGAGGCCCGAGAGGACCUGGCUGCCCUGGAGAAGGACUAUGAAGAAGUGGGAACUGACUCAUUUGAAGAAGAAAAUGAUGGGGAGUAA